AUCCUGUCAUCCGAUUGGUCGAACAUUCUCUAUGUGUAGACAUAGGUUACGCUUCCAUGUCAUCCCCGUACAUAAAUACGCUUCUGCCCGGGCUGCUCUAACUCUAAAGGUGCUAGUUUUGAUACGAGUCCAAACAAAAUCCAACUCCUGGCGUUUCACUCAAACAGAAUGCCUGGUUCUGCCUCUACCAACUGCCUGGGGCCAUGGCCCAAAGAUGUGGGUAUCAUUGCCAUGGAACUGUACUUUCCAUCCCAGUAUGUGGACCAAGCUGAACUAGAACAGUUUGAUGGAGUUGCAGCUGGCAAAUACACAAUAGGCUUGGGUCAAGCCUGCAUGGGGUUCUGCUCAGACUGUGAGGAUAUCAACUCCCUUUGCCUGACAGUGGUCCAACGGCUGAUGGAGAAGAACGGCCUCUCCUAUGAUUCGAUAGGGCGUUUGGAAGUUGGCACUGAGAGCAUUAUUGAUAAGUCCAAGUCUGUGAAAACGGUCCUCAUGCAACUCUUUGAGGACUCUGGCAAUACCGACGUAGAGGGCAUCGACACUACGAACGCCUGUUAUGGUGGCACGGCGGCACUCUUCAAUGCUGUGAACUGGGUUGAGUCCAGCUCAUGGGAUGGGCGCUAUGCUUUGGUUGUAGCUGGAGACAUUGCUGUUUACGCCUCAGGAAGUGCCAGACCUACGGGCGGUGCUGGUGCCGUGGCAAUGCUCAUUGGGCCCAACGCUCCUUUGGCCUUUGAACGAGGCCUGCGUGGAACCCACAUGCAGCAUGCGUAUGACUUCUACAAACCUAACCUCAUGUCAGAGUAUCCAGUGGUGGAUGGCAAGCUGUCUAUUGAGUGCUACCUGAGUGCCUUGGACCGCUGCUACUCUGUGUACCGGAAUAAGAUACAUGCUCAGUGGCAAAGAGAAGAUUCAGAGAAGCGCUUUUCUUUGGAGGACUUUGGCUUUCUCGUCUUCCACUCGCCAUAUUGCAAGCUGGUGCAAAAGUCUCUAGCCAGAUUGAUGCUGAAUGACUUCCUGAACCACCCCUGCCCAAACACUGAAACGGGGCCCUUUAGUGGCCUCGAAGCUUUCAGAGACGUCAAGCCAGAGGAAACCUACUUUGACCGAGAUGUUGAGAAGGCCUUCAUGAAAGCCAGUGCCGACUUGUUUGAGAGAAAAACCAAGCUGUCCUUGCUCAUAUCCAACCAGAAUGGCAACAUGUAUACACCCUCUGUCUACGGCUGCUUGGCAUCUGUCAUUGCGCAGCACACAUCAUCACAGUUGGCAGGUCAGAGGAUUGGAGUUUUCUCCUAUGGAUCUGGAUUUGCUGCAACUCUUUAUUCUCUCAGGGUCUCACAGGACCACACGCCUGGUUCUGCUCUUGACAAACUUAUCAGUAGCAUGAGUGACCUCAAAGUUAGGCUGGAGUCGAGGAGGAAAGUUUCACCUGAUGUAUUCUCAGAAAACAUGAAGCUCAGAGAAGAAACCCAUCACCUAGCCAGUUACGUCCCUCGUGGCUGUGUGGAGGACCUAUUUCCAGGUACUUGGUACUUGACACGAGUCGAUGAGAAACACCGCAGGGAAUAUGCCAGGAGACCUCUGGACAGCGACUUGCCCUCAGAACCAGAACGUAUUCGCUCCAGCACUGGCACUGAGCACAUCCCAAGUCCAGCCAAGAAGAUGCCACGCAUUCCUGUCACCAAUUCCAACGCUGACACCGGCGUCAGUAACUGAGCAACUUCCUCAUGGUCCAGUGAUUUGGAAACGGUGCAAAAACUAGCGCUCAAAAGGCCAACGUGUCGCAGCGGAGUUUGCGGAUGCUGCCUCUUAACUUGUCCAUCCUGUCCGACAUCUAUAAAGAGCUGACCAUAUAUGUUGGAGAUAAACAAUGGUUGUUAGGAAAAGUUCAUUUUAUAAUGCACAUUUUAAAUGUUUUAAUUUGAGUGCAGACAUUACCAUUACAUACAAGAGAAAAGCAAAUCUAUUUGGAAUUUAGAUUCAAAAUUUUAUGUUUAGAUGUUUAAGUUGGCACUGAUAUUCUAGUCUUACCGUUCUUUUCCGACACGACAUUCGGAACGCAUUUAUCUGUUAAUUAGAAUGAAAACUAACCUACACAUUUUUUUCCCCAAAGACAAAAUGGUCUUUAAUCAGUUUCUAGUUGCAUUAUUAUCAUACUUUACGAUACAGGUAGUCCCCGGGUUACGACGUACUCGACAAUGCCGGAGUCUCGUCCGCCAUUUUGUCUCCAGUCUUAUAUUUUUUGCACAAACAGUACCUAAUUGUACCUCACAGUAUCUUAUUUUUUACUUAACUUUAUUAACAUGACUUGUUUGGUCCUUGCUAAAAGUGACGUUGUUCAGCUUGACAGACUGCAAACAAACAAUAAAACACUCGACACAAAAUGAUUAGUGUUCAAACAUCCAUCUAGUCUGAUCAAUAUGUAAAUUUAGUCGAUUAAAUUAGCCUAAUUUGCCUCACAAAAGUCGGCUAGCUUAAAUGCUACGAAUGCUAACACAUAGACUUCACUAUCAGUUGACGGGGUUCAGGGCUGAUCCAUAGGUCGCCUAUUUUCAAAACCUUAAAAUUCAAAAUAUUUUCUAAACUGAAGCCGCUAGCAACCUAAAACCAAAACAGGGAGGUACCCCUUAGGUAUAUAUGAGCCUCCAUGGGCAGUGACAUGAAAAAAUUCAAAGUCGUUCCCUCAAAAUUCUGAUUAUUGUUCAUACAAGUAUAACAAAACUUAAAAUGGCUAUAAAAUUCUCAAAUUUUAAAAUCACCUAAUGACCUAAUCACCUCAAUAGCAAUAUUUAACAUACAAGUUUUUGCCCAAAAUAGCAACUUAAUUUUGUUUUUUUAAUUUAGUGCAAGUUUUCCACGGCUAGUGAAUCACUCAAUUUCCAAAUCAGAAACUUGAGGAAAGCAUGCAGAAUUACUAUCUUAAUUUUACUAAGGAAAAGCAAAAUUGGCAUUUUUCUUUAUACAAGCACAACUUAUUUACCGGAACGUUGAAUUCCGCUAUUGUGUGGAGAUACAAAAACCAACAAGGCAGCCGUCACAAAACAAAGAGCUUUUUAAGUUGAAAGUUAAGAGUAAAUAAACGCGUAAAUCGCGGAAUUUUUACAGAUAUGAACGUAAAACAGUCUAGAUUCUUGGUUAAAAGCAAAAAAAUGGACAGUUAUUUUUCAUUUUACGUAACCAUUUCAAGCAAAGCAAAACUAUUGUGUAAUCCAACAUGGCGGCCGUCACAAAACGAGCUUUUUAAAAUCAAAAAUUCUUGUAAUUAAAUGCUCAAAUUGCGGAAUUUCUAUAGAUAUGAUUGUAAACAGUAGAUUCUUGAUCAAAAGAAAAAAAAAAACUGGCAGUUAUCAUUCAUUUGACGUAAAUAUUUCAAGCAAAAGUAAGGGUAUUGCGUAAUCCAACAUGGCUGUUGUCACGAAACGAGCUUUUUAAGUGGAAAAUUCUUGUAAAUAAAUGCUUACACGGAAUAAUUUCUAUAGAUAUGAACGUAAAACACUCUACACUCUUGGUUAAAAACAAAAAACGGGCGGUUAUUGUUCAUUUUGCGGAAAUAUUUCAAGCAAAAGUUAUGGUAUUGUGUAAUCCAACAUGGCGGCCGUCAUGAAAAACGGCGCUUUUUAAGUUGAAAAUUAGAGUAAAUAAACGCGUAAAUCGCAGAAUUUUUACAGAUGUGAACGUAAAAGUCUAGAUUCUUGGUUAAAAGCAAAAAUAUGGACAGUUAUCAUUCAUUUUAUGUAACCAUUUCAAGCAAAGCAAAACUAUUGUGUAAUCCAACAUGGCGGUCGUCACAAAACAAAGCUUUUUUUUUUAAAUCAAAAAUUCUUGUAAUUAAAUGCUCAAAUUGCGGAAUUUCUUUAGAUAUGAUCGUAAACAGUAAAUUCUUGAUCAAAAGAAAAAAACUGGCAGUUAUCAUUCAUUUGACGUAAAUAUUUCAAGCAAAAGUAAGGGUAUUGCGUAAUCCAACAUGGCUGUUGUCACGUAACGAGCUUUUUAAGUGGAAAAUUCUUGUAAAUAAAUGCUUACACGGCAUAAUUUCUAUAGAUAUGAACGUAAAACACUCUAGACCUUUGGUUAAAAACAAAAAACCCGGCAGUUAUCAUCCAUUUUACGUAAAUAUUUGAAGCUAAAGUUAGGCUAAUUUUUUCCAUUCAUUUCAUUGUAUUCACAAUGUUUCAAAGUGCAUGCAUGAUGCGGAAAAUAAAAUAAUAACCUGAAUCCUCGACCAAAUCACUCUUGAGACACUCCUGCCUGCUUGUAUGCAGUAAAACAUAUAUCCUUUUUUCCCCACCUAAAUCCGGCAUUUGAACGCAGCGAGUGUUUGAGUUUAUCGCAGUGAAAGCCAACUUGACUCUACCUGGGUCCGCCCCCAAUUGGAAGGCGCUGCGCAAUAUUUGCAGGAGCUGUCUAUGAAUUAGCCUAAUUUACCUUACAAAAGUCCGCUAGCUUAAAUGCUACGAAUGCUAACAUAUAAACGACACACAUUUUAACAAUAAAACACUAGACAAAAAAACUAUUGGUGUUCAAACGUUCAUCUAGUCUGAUUAUUAUUAGGGGUGUCAAACGAUUAAAAUUUUUAAUUGAGUUAAUUACAGCUUAAGAAUUAAUUAAUCGUAAUUAAUCGCAAUUCAAACCAUCUAUAAAAUAUGCCAUAUUUUUCUGUAAAUUAUUGUUGGAAUGGAAAGAUAAGAUACAAGAUGGAUAUAUCCAUUCAAUAUAUGGUACAUAAGUACUGUAUUUCUUUAUUAAAACAAUAAAUCAACAAGAUGGCAUUACCAUUAUUAACAUUCUGUUAAAGCGAUCCAUGGAUAGAAAGACUUGUAGUUCUUAAAAGAUAAAUGUUAGUACAAGUUAUAGUAAUAAAAUUUGUAAAAUUUUCAAUCAAAAAAUAAACUAGUAGCCCGCCAUUGUUGAUGUCAAUAUUUACUUACACAAUGCUCAUGGGUGCUGAAACCUAUAAAAUCAGUUGCACCCAAGCACCAGUAGAGGGCGCCAAAACUCCGAAAAACACAAAUACACAUUUCACUGUGCUGUCAUUUAAAUCUGUUUGAGCGGGGCAUUUGUGCGUUAAUUGCGUCAAAUAUUUUAACGUGAUUAAUUUUAAAAAUUAAUUCCCGCCCGUUAACGCGAUAAUUUUGACAGCCAUAAUUGUGAUGUAAAUUUAGUCGAUUGAAUUAGCCUAAUUUUCCUCACAAAAGUCCGCUAGCUUAAAUGCUACGAAUGCUAACAUAUUUACAAUAUUCUAAUCGCUCACAUGUAACCCCACGAACUGUAGCUCUAAACUUAAUUACAAAUGCAUACACAAACAUAUAUUAGCUGAAACAACUUACAGCCUUAUGUGGGCCAAACCAGAGAGCAGCUAUCCUUCGUCCAUGUGAGACGGCUGAGUGCUCCUGUAUUGAAGCGUUAUUGAACGACAAUCCAGCCAGACCCAACGCUGCCACCAGAGGGCAUUGUAUCCUCCAUCAUUAAACAAAAUACAAUACUUUUCUACUUUUGAAUAGUUAUUUUGAAAUGUUCAAGGGUUCAUUCUGACUUAGGCGACUUAGACGGAAACUCGUUUGUUACCCAGGGACUACCUGUAUUUGACUGGAAGCGUGACUCCAAAAACUGAAUUUAAAACUGACAGUGGCAAUCAUCUUACAAGUUCUUUCCUUCAUUAUUGUCUCUCCACUUGUUUUAUUCCUGUUAAAGCUUGAAUAAAAUAUACAGCAUAUAGGCAUAAAUAGUGCUCAGGUAGAGAACAUCAGUCUUGAAAUAAAUGUGGGUGUGGGCGAUUGGUGGACAGGUUGUGGUCAGCUGGGGAUGGGACAGUUCUUGAAAGUCCAGUAUGCCAUUAAGAAGCCUUAUAUUUUGAUGUAUCAAGUGUAAACAAACGAUGUCUCCUUAUGUACAUAUUCUCAAUUGUACAGACAGAUAUGGUGCCUCAACACACGCUGGCAUCCCAAAUGCAGCGUGCCUAUGCUUUGCUAGUGUCUAUACGGUGGCUUGCUGAAUUGGUCACUGAUCUUAAUCAUUUUCAUGGCAAUGUACAGUAAAAGCUGUAAAAUUAUUUAUGCUGUGUAUGUAGAUAGGAGUGAAUGGAAGUUUCAUCGAGAUUAUUUUAGUCAUGCAAUUUCUCUAAACCUAUGGGAAAUAAAAUACUGUAUUCAA